AUGAUCACCUCGCGGUUGUCUGCUUACGGUACUUAUGUCAAGACACCUGGAGGCAGGCCACGUCUCUCCGUUGACCAGGAUGAGAUUGCGGCGAGCAUCCGGUGUACAGGCUUCUACUUUCUCACGCUGAUCUCCUAUGGCGGCAUCGUAAUUAUAUGGAGCACGGAGACGUGCGAAGAGCUACAUAGAAUACGCCACGGGGAAUGGCUUGCUAUAGGGUUUCGUGGAAAACCUGUCAUUGUCCUGGACGUCGCAAGCGGCCAUGAGUCAGAGCCCCGAACCGUCAUUCGCUUAGAUGACAGGGACCGUGUAGACGAGGGAGGAGACGUGUUCAACUCUCCGGAAAUUGCGAGGUGGCAUCCUAAUGGUUCUAUACUGUUCAUCCUCUAUCAAGACACCACAAUUCUCGCCUGGAGCUUUGUAGACGACACGCAACUAGAAUUCGGGGAUACUGAAGCUCGGGAGAUGAUCCUCAACGACGACGGAACAUAUAUUCUAACGAGCAGCAAUAAUGGUUCUGUCAGCGUAUGGGGGUUACCGAAGCUCAACCUCAUAUACACGUUGCAGUCAACGGAAUUCGUCCGUGAUUUGGCUUUUAGUCCCGACAGUCAGCGCAUCUAUGACGUCCGGGGUUCACGAUGCAACGUAUGGGCGCCAGAAAUCCUCGUACGAGUUGAAGAGCUCGACGAAGAAGAAAGAACAAACAGUUUAGAUGAAACCGCCACCUCAGAGGUUGUGAGCGAUGUCGUCUUUGCCGAAGAUCAGAACAAAAAUGGACACGUCACAGCUUUAGUAUGCGACAACGAGGAUGAGUUCUUUUGUUGCGGCCGAGAUGAUGGAUCCGUGUCCAUUCACGACAUGAGCGGUGGCCUUAGAGUCAGAAAGGUCAGCAUUCAUUCCGCGCAUGUCGAUAUUGUCGCCAUUGAUUGGUCUUCCUCGCGCCGGUUUCUGGCCUCUGCGGAUGACUCCGGGAAGGUAAUCGCUAAGAGGCUCAAAUUUAAGGAUGACAACAAAUGGGCAGGGUACGCAACAUGCUAUCCUAGCCAAAUUCAGCAGAAUGUCGCCUGA